CAGAAGAAGGCAUGAAACAAACCACGAGCUGAGAGUUUUUACACAACAGAAGAGAGAAUCCUAUUGUCACGAGUGUAACGUGCCUGAACAUAUUUUCACUUAUUUUAUUCUCAAGAAUCUUAAACAUAUUUUUAGCUCAAUAUUGUUUCUCACCGAAAAUAGAUAUUUGGAAGAAAGCAACUUUGAGCAUUAACGUUACCCGAAGUAAACCUGACUGAACAGCAAUGAGUGAGCCUGAGCCAGCAACAUUUGCAUCUGUUGAACAAGAAAGGGACUACUGGAAGGAUCAGGCUGCCAAAUACCAGCAGAGGGCUGAGGAGACGCUGGAGGAGUUGCAGGAGUUUCAGCAGAUGAGUCGAGACUAUGAGGUGGAACUGGAGGCAGAGCUAAAGCAGUGUGAUGCCCGUAACCGCGAACUCCUUACAGCCAACAACAGACUACGCAUGGAAUUAGAGAACUACAAGGAGAAGUAUGAAACGCAACAUUCGGAGGCAGUCAGGCAGAUCUCGUCUCUAGAAGGAGACCUGGCAGAAACCACAGCCAUCAAGGACCAACUGCACAAGUAUAUCCGGGAGUUAGAGCAGGCUAAUGAUGACCUUGAAAGAGCUAAGAGGGCUACUAUAAUGUCACUUGAGGACUUUGAGCAGAGAAUGAAUCAUGUUAUAGAAAGAAAUGCUUUCCUUGAGAGUGAGCUUGACGAAAAAGAGAAUCUUCUAGAAUCAGUACAGAGAUUAAAAGACGAAGCCAGAGAUUUAAGACAGGAGCUGGCUGUUCAGGAGAAACAGGAGCGCAAGUCGUCGAUCAGUCUCUCUAAAGAUGCAGAGAAGCCAGAGGCCACACCCGCAAGAUCUGCCCUCCCAUCUCUCCUCGCCACACCCUCCAGACCUCCAGGCUCAGGGAGUGCAUUCAACACACCCUCAGCUUCCUACAGCAGAAUUGAAGGUCUGACUGGAACUCCCCUUACCACAUCUGCACGGAUAUCUGCCCUCAACAUUGUUGGAGAGUUGUUGAGGAAAGUCGGGAACCUCGAAUCAAAGCUGGCGUCAUGCAGAGAGUUACACAUCCUUGAGAAAACACCCAGCCGUGCAGCAAUUGGCCAGAGUACACCAAGCAUUUCACGGGAAACCUCAGAAAUCCCAUCCAACACAAAUGGCCUGAUGGUGAAACGGUUGGACUUUGGUACAGGAUCCAAGAUAAUGCUCUGAAUAAAGUGCAUAAGCUUGUCUUUUGUUCCCACAUCAUUGGGAAAACCAGUAUUCCCAAUACAUUACUAUGGAAAAGCUUUAUUUUCAGGAGCUAAAGCAUAUCUUAUGCCUCAAGUCUUCCACUAUCUGAGAAGGGUUCUGCUUGUACACUCAUAUCAACCCUACUAGUGUGUCUAUAAUAACUGUUCACCAGCUCUCUGGCCCGUGGGCUGAAACUGUUACCUGUGGUUUUGCUAUUGUGUUGGAGAUUUGCAUUGUGUUUUGCAGAUGUACUAACUCUUUAUUUCACACUUGUUGGUUUUUUUAUUAUUUAUUUUUGUUUGUGUUGUUUUUAGGUAUCUAAUGAUUAUAGCAGUUUUGAAAUGUACAAUCUGCACUGUAAUCUUGAUUUGCUCUCUUUGGGACCAUAAAUUGGGAGAAGUGACUGAAAGUGAGUCCAUAGAUUCACCUCUGCAACCCCAUUAUAUUUGGCACUAAACUACUGAUCAAUGUCCAGUGAAACAUCUACUGCACGUACUUAUUGUUGGUCGCUGGACUGGAGAAAUGUUGACGGCUGGUUUAUUUUUUUUAAUGCAGAAAUACCUGGUUUUUAUCUUUUUUAGAAACAAGCAUUUUGAUGAAAUAUGAGUUUGUUACUAAUGGAAUGUCAUGUCUUUAGUGUUUAGAGAUGCAAAUGAUGUUACAAGGAGGUGGGUGAGAUGUUGUGAGCUGAAGCUGCUGUGAGCUAUUGUUGCCUCAUAAGGGCUGAUGUAAGUAACCAACAUUAGCUUGGAACAUUAAUGUUUAUGCAUGAUAAAACCCUUUUUCUUUCUAGUAAUAGCUAUUGAACUCCUCGUUUAAAAUGUUAGUGCCAUCUUUGAAUUCAAAGAAUUCUUUUUCUCUACAGUACUGGAGAGUAGUUGCUUAUCAUAUCAUGCACUAAACGUGAAUUUAAUGUGCCUUAAUUUUGUGGCCAUAAUAAGCUUUGCCUCAAAGUUAACUUGUGUAUUGGGGAACUUACUAGCCCGAAAGGGACUUGCAGCUUCUCUCGCUAUUCUUCCCAAUGUAUUAAUUCUCUGAUAUUUCAGGGAAUCCGGGAUGAAGAGAAAUUGAAUUCUGAGAGGAGUUUAAUCCCUUAGUUUUCACAUUUCUCUCAUUUUUGAGUUGUAGAUUUAGGUGAGUAACAAGCAAUAUGAAUACUUCAGUGAAGGGUACAGAUAUUUUUAUGUUAAAAAAUAGAAAUGUAAGGAAGAACUGAUACAUUAUACAUAUAUCCACUUUGCCUAGAGGUACUAAUGAACAAUUAUAGAAAUAGAGAAUGAUGGUUGAUGGGAAGAUUUAGCACACUUGAUUGCACCAUCUCAGGGCCUCAUGUAAGCAAUAACCUCAGUAAAGGUAUCAUUACUGUCCAAAUUCUGUAUUUGUCUCUAUAUGCACAAGGCAUGCACAAUUGCCACUUGUAUAAUUGUCAACAUAACUUUUCUUUGCUAUUAAUGAACCUAAACAUCUGCAACAUCCAUGCAUUCCUCAGCAAGGGCAAUGCCUGUCUGUAAAACCAUUUUGUUGGUUAAUCCAGAACCUACAAAAUAAAUGUCUAGUUAACAGGA